UCAGAGUGGCAAACUUCCGCAAUAAAUCGAUAAGAAAAGGAGAAAAAUGUACCGUAAAUAUAACAACAAUUAUAAAUAACAUAGAAAUAACGAGACAACAGAAUAUGAAUGAAGGAGUUUAAGAAGCUAUUUAAUUACUUGAUCAAAUAGGGCCUAUAUGUGUUAGAAUUAGAAUAUUCAAAAUGAACAAGUUUUUUAGAUACAGACAAGACCCCAAAACUAAUAUUAGAGAUGUGAGCUCUGCGAUCAUGCUGGACUUAAGAAGGCAGCUUGAAACAGGACCAAAUGAUAAAAAUUGGAGAGCUUUUGCAGCACGACUAAAAAGACCUUACAUGUUCUCGCAAAUCGAAAUAGAGAAAAUAGCUUUGUUGAUCCAUUCCUCAAAGAGCCCUGUUGAUCAGUUGAUUUUAGAACUAGGAGGAAAAGGAUUCUGUGUGAAAGAUUUGGCAGAAAUUUUACUAGAAAUGAAAAUGGAGAAAACAUUAUUUGAUUUGGUAGAAUACAUCCCAAUCAAGAUAAUUAAACAACCAACUAGUUAUAUAGAAGUCGGAGAAAACAAAACAAUCAAACUGUCCGUGGAGGCGUUUGGUCUGCCAUUUCCACGAUAUCAGUGGUUUAAAGGAGAUGAUGAAGUUCCUGGUGCGAUGGAGGCUACCCUUCAAAUAGAUGAUAUCAGGUAUGAAGAUGAAGGUACAUACUGUUGUCGACUACAUAACUCACGUGAUCCAGCAUUAGUUACAUUUACCACAGAAUCGGAAGUUAAAGUUCAUCUGAAACUUACAAACAAUGAUGACGAUGAUCUCGGUAAAGGAGGAUCUGUUGGUUUACAUCAUCAUAUUAUCAAUCAUCCACGAUCAAUGACUGUUGGGUUAGGAUCAUCGUUUACAUUAGUAUGUGAAGUUUCUGGUAAUCAGCCAGUACAAUAUAUAUGGUAUCAUAAUCAGGAAUUUUUCACAGAAACUAGUUUACCUUAUUUAAAGGUUGAUAAUGCUACAGAAUAUCAUAAUGGACAUUUUCAUUGCGUUGUUAAAAGCAGCUUUUUUGAAGUAAAAAGUAAAAAAGCCACAUUAAGAGUAACUGUUCAUCACAACUCAAUAUCAAAAGCUAUUUCUCCUGAAAUUAUAACACAGCCUAAAUCUUGUAUUGUUGCUAUGGGUGGUGUAGCACUGUUUUGUUGUGAAGCAAUGGGAUCUCGACCAAUAAACUACCAAUGGUUUAAAGAUAGUGAACUUUUACCAGGAAGUAUUACAAGUGAAUAUAAGAUACGUAAUAUAACGAGUGUACAACAGGAAGGUUUAUAUCAAUGUCUCAUAUCUAACGCAUACGCUUCAAAAUUAUCUCAAGGGGCAUUCUUAAAGAUUAAUUCAUGUUUAAAUGAACCAGUUAUCUCCCCUCAUUAUACAGCUGCUGAUAAAGUUGCGUUGUUAAUAGGUAACUACGAGUACAGGUGUGAAAAUAGGCUCAACGCUCCAAAAGCAGACAUUUCAAAUUUGUCGGAGAUUUUCUGCAAUUUAAACUUCAAAGUUGUGUCGUUAUUAAAUUUAACAUUGAUUGAGAUGAAGAAUGCUGUAGACAAUUUCUGUGAAUUGCUGGGUCCUGGUGUUUAUGGGGUUUUCUAUUUUUGCGGUCACGGUUUUGAGGAGAAUAAGAGUUGUUAUCUGGUUCCGGAAGACGCACCAACUGGUUAUGUGAAUAGUCAUUGUCUGUGUGUUGACUACGUUCAAAACAAGAUGCAGAAACAAGGAACAGAAGUGUCAUGCUUAAUUCUCGACGUCUGUCGUACUGCGUAA